GGCUCGGGACGCCGCGGGAGGACCUCCCGCUGCCCGGCCUGGGCGCUGCGGCUGCUGCCGUGCCGUGCACGCCCCUUCGACAGCCAGGGAGGGGCCAGGGCGAACCGGCCCCUCCCGCCCCCACCCCGCCUUUGGGUUGCUGACCCCCCGGCUGUGGUGAGGGCCUUGGAGCUGGCAUCUCGGAGCCUGGGCCGCCUGCUUUACCCACCCAUGCCCACCGCGCAUGAGGCUGACAAGCAGCACGCAGGGCCAGAGGAGGCAGACCGGCCGCCUUCGAUGUCCAGCCGUGAUGCGGCCCCCACGGCGGCCCCCAGCCGCAACCCCUGCUGCCUGUGCUGGUGCUGCUGCUGCAGCUGCUCCUGGAACCAGCAGCGGCGGCGAGCGUGGCAGGCCUCCCGGGAGAGCAAGCUGCAGCCCCUGCCCAGCUGCGAGACGUGUGCCACGCCGAGCCCCGAGGAGGUGGAGAGCUGGGCGCAGUCCUUUGACAAGCUGAUGCACAGCCCUGCGGGCCGCAGCGUGUUCCGGGCCUUCCUGCGCACGGAGUACAGCGAGGAGAACAUGCUCUUCUGGCUGGCCUGCGAGGAGCUCAAGGCCGAGGCCAACCAGCACGUGGUGGACGAGAAGGCGCGGCUCAUCUACGAGGACUACGUGUCCAUCCUGUCCCCGAAGGAGGUCAGCCUGGAUUCCCGGGUGCGGGAAGGCAUCAACAGAAAGAUGCAGGAGCCGUCCGCACACACGUUCGACGACGCGCAGCUGCAGAUCUACACGCUGAUGCACCGGGACUCCUACCCCCGCUUCCUCAGCUCCCCCACCUACCGUGCCCUGCUGCUCCGGGGAGCCCCACGGUCCUCCUCCGAGGCCUAGCCGCCCGCCCGCACAGACACUCGACGCCUCGGGCAGACUCGGGGGCGGCUGGAAGCCCCCUCGCCCAGCAGCCCUGCAGGGGGCUCGUGCACAGCCAGGAGGGGCCGUCUCUGGAGGCACUUGGACCAGAGCAGUGGGGGCCCUGGGACCUGCCCCUGCCGGAGGACAGACCUCCUGCCUCAUGCAGCUGUGAGACAAGACCCACCUUCUCACCGUCUGCACCCCAGAGCCUCGAGCCAGGGGACAGGACCCACUUUCUAGUCAGCUCACGAACGUUAAACCUGAAAACCUGUCUUUUCUGUGUUUUAUCAAAAACAAGAAAAAUGUCUUCCUAUUUA